GCCCUACUACUGCUUCCGCUGCUACUCGAUCUGUCGCACGCCCCGCGGCGUGCGACCGGCGCGCGGUGAUUUCUUUCUGGCGCGCGCCCCGAGGCAUGCGACCCCGCCUCUCUUGUCGCGGCCCCACCCUUCUCGCGGCCCCGCCCUACGUCGCGGCCCCGCCCUACUUCGCGGCCCCGCCCUACGUCGCGGCCCCGCCCCUUGUCGCGGCCCCGCCACCUCUCGUCGCGGCCCCGCCAUCUCUCGUCCCGGCCCCGCCACUCUCGUCGCGGCCCCGCCCUUCGUUGCGGCCCCUGCCGCCCUUCGUCGCGGCCCCGCCGCCCUUCGUCGCGGCCCCUGCCGCCCAUCGUCGCGGCCCCUGCCGCCAUUCUCCACCGCGGCCCCGCCACCUCCCUUGCGGCCCCGCAGCCCUGCACCGACCCGACCCCGCCUCUGCUGGCCCCGUCGCCUGCCCCUGCGGCCCUGGCUCCACCUCUGCCGGCCCCGGCGCCGCCUCUGCUGGCCCCGUCGCCGCUCCACCCGGCCCCGCCGCCGUCCCCAAGCGGCCCCGCCGUCACCACCGAGCCGCCGGCGCCGCCGAGCUAGUGCCGAGUCACCCGAGCCGCCCGAGCCGCCCGAGCCGCCCGAGCCGCAGCGCCACCUCAGCCGCCCGAGCCCCCGGUCGCCGAGCCGCCAAGCUGCAGUUGCUGCCGAGCAGCCGUACCGCCGAGCCGCCGAGCCGCCCGAGUCGCCCGAGCAGCCAAGCCGCCCGAGUCGCCCAAGCAGCCGAGCCGCCCGAGUCGCCCGAGCCGCAGUUGCUGCAGUGCCGCCGUGCCGCUGAGUCGCCGAGUCGCCCAGUCGUCGAGCCUCCUCUUCCCACCACUG